UGAUACAUAAUUUACACAUAGACAUUUCAGAAGAGGGAAAAAACCGACAUGUGACCAAAAAAAAAGAAAAGUAAAAUGUGCUAAGAGGGAAAAGAGCUGAAUUCUAUGUUGGAGAAAACAAUGGGUAGAAGAGGAUGUUCCAAGUGGAAUAUUCUGACAAGCUCUGGGAAGGAACCAGGAGAGACCUUGGCCACCUAAGAGCUGAAAGAAGACGGAAACCUGGGCUUAUAAAUGCAGAAGUUUGUUGAAUCUACAGAUGUAGUACCUGAGGAUAUGGAGGGCCAGCUAUCCUGUAUAUAACUCACUUCAUCCUCAGAACAACCCUAGCAAGAGAGAAGUCCAAGAGCAUGGCACCAGCAACCGGUGAGGCCUUUCAUGCUGGAUGUCUCCUGAUGGAAGGUGGAAGGGCAAGAGAAGGCAAGCUCAUUUUGGUUUCAUGAUGGAAUUUGAACAUUACCUCAAGAGGCUUCAUAUUUUGAAUUAGUUCAUUGUUCUCAUCCUCCUGGUUAUUUCUUUGGACUCAUUUUUUGAUAUCACUUUGAGGUAUUAAAUACAAAAAGAGGAUACCAUGGACUACAAGGAAAGCUGUCCAAGUGUAAGCAUUCCCAGCUCUGAUGAACACAGAGAGAAAAAGAAGAGGUUUACUGUUUAUAAAGUUCUAGUCUCUGUGGGAAGGAGUGAAUGGUUUGUCUUCAGGAGAUAUGCAGAGUUUGACAAACUUUACAACACUUUAAAGAAACAGUUUCCUGCUAUGGCUCUGAAGAUUCCUGCCAAGAGAAUAUUUGGUGAUAAUUUUGAUCCAGAUUUUAUUAAACAAAGAAGAGCAGGACUAAAUGAAUUCAUUCAGAAUUUAGUUAGAUAUCCAGAGCUUUACAACCAUCCAGAUGUCAGAGCAUUCCUGCAAAUGGACAGCCCAAAACAUCAGUCAGAUCCAUCAGAAGAUGAGGAUGAAAGAAGUACUCAGAAGCUCCACUCUACCUCACAGAACAUCAACCUGGGACCAACUGGAAAUCCUCAUGCUAAACCAACUGACUUUGACUUUUUAAAAGUUAUUGGAAAAGGCAGCUUUGGCAAGGUUCUUCUUGCAAAACGAAAACUGGAUGGAAAAUUUUAUGCUGUCAAAGUGUUACAGAAAAAAGUAGUUCUCAACAGGAAAGAGCAAAAACAUAUUAUGGCCGAACGUAAUGUUCUCUUGAAAAAUGUGAAACAUCCAUUUUUGGUUGGAUUACAUUAUUCUUUCCAAACAAGUGAAAAGCUUUACUUUGUUCUGGAUUUUGUUAAUGGAGGGGAGCUGUUUUUUCACUUACAAAGAGAACGGUCUUUUCCUGAACACAGAGCAAGAUUUUAUGCUGCUGAAAUUGCCAGUGCAUUGGGUUAUUUGCACUCCAUCAAAAUAGUAUACAGAGAUUUGAAACCAGAAAAUAUUCUUUUGGAUUCAAUGGGACACGUUGUCUUAACAGAUUUUGGGCUUUGUAAAGAAGGAAUUGCUAUCUCUGAUACCACCACAACGUUUUGUGGGACACCAGAGUACCUUGCACCUGAAGUAAUCAGGAAACAGCCUUAUGACAACACUGUGGAUUGGUGGUGCCUUGGUGCUGUUCUGUAUGAAAUGCUCUACGGAUUGCCACCUUUUUACUGUCGAGAUGUUGCUGAAAUGUAUGAUAAUAUUCUUCACAAGCCUCUAAAUUUGAGGCCAGGAGUGAGCCUCACAGCCUGGUCCAUCCUGGAAGAACUCUUAGAAAAAGACAGGCAAAAUAGACUUGGUGCCAAAGAAGACUUUCUUGAAAUUCAGAAUCAUCCUUUUUUUGAAUCACUCAGCUGGACUGACCUUGUACAAAAGAGGAUUCCACCACCCUUUAAUCCUAAUGUGGCUGGCCCAGAUGAUAUCAGGAACUUUGACACAGUAUUUACAGAGGAAACAGUUCCAUAUUCUGUGUGUGUGUCUUCUGACUACUCUAUCGUGAAUGCCAGUGUACUGGAGGCAGAUGAUGCAUUCGUUGGUUUCUCUUAUGCACCUCCUUCAGAAGACUUAUUUUUAUGAACAGUUUGCAAUUCAGAACCAAGCAAAUACAAGCCUGCAGAUGGGACUGAAAUUCCUAUUUGUGUGAAUAUAUUCAAAUAUGUAUAACAGUGCCUCAUUUUUAUAUGUAAUGUUUAAAACUAUGAAAAAUAUUUUCUGUAUGCAAGGAAAUAGGGCAUUUCAAAGAGCUAUGUUUUGAAUUAAAAUUUGUAUUCUUGUUUACUAAGCUUUUUUAAACAAAAUUUAAAAUCUGUUGUUCUUAGCAUUAACCUAUUUUUAAAGAAAACUUUUCUGCUAUUGACUGUUUCUCUCUUAAGUUUACAUUAACAUGCCCAAGAUAGACUGUUUUUUUAACAAUCUCUUUCAGUUCAUUUAACAUAUAUUAAUACCUUUGUAACUCUACUAUGACUUUUGUUAUUGUAUCAGAACUAUGCAAUUGGUACAUAGUUGUUUAAAAAGAAACCAUAUCUUUCUAUGGUAAAUUGGUGUUUGAAAUAAAAAGUCUUGGUGUAGAAUUAAAAUAUAAAAGCAUGUUAACACAUUGGUUGUUAACACUGAAUAAGUAUUCUUUUUGCAGAUAAGUAACAAAAGGAAAUAAUUUGCUUUUGAAAUACCAGUUCAAAUUUGUGAUUUUUUUUUUUUGGUCUGGAGGAAAAGAAGAAAGUUAAUGGUUAGAAAUUUAAGACUUCCCAAAGAUUUGAAGGGUAAUAAAGUACUGCUAGAUUUUUUUUUUUCAGGUGGGGCCAAAAAUGAGUGUUUCUGUGUUAUAUAUUUAUAUUAUAAAUAUAUUCUAUUUAUGUUCCUUUGGUGUUUUUAAUAUUUGAUACACUGUUAAGUAGGUCUGAAUCUUGAUAUUUGCUUAUGCAAAUAGCUAUUUCAAAACUAUUUGGUUAAGUAAAAAGAUCUUUCUAGAAUACCUAAUUUAAAAUUUAAAAGUAAAAUAACAAAUCUGGAUCAAUGUAGAACAGUUCUACUAUAACAAGAGUUAAAAAUAAUUUAUGCAGUUUCAUAUGCAGUAUCUUUUUUUUUUCUUUUUUGGUAUUUCUGGGGAUCAAACCCAGAGCCUUGAACAUACAAAGGAUGCAUGCAUUCUACCACUAAAUUAUAGCCCUAAUCCAUCAGUAUAUUUUGAGUCUUAUAAAAAGUACAUAAAACUGAACUUAGAAAUCAUAGCAUACCAGUUAACUCGUUCCUUUUCAAGUCAUAUAGGAAAUAGUAGUAUAAAGGUUUAGUGAGUCAGUUUAGAUGCUCUAAGAACAAAUUUCCCUUCAAUGUAUUCACUUCAGAGAAAUCACAAAGGCAUUUCUCACCCAUAUCCUUUGGCUUAAAAAUAUUCCUCAGAAUUGGGGAAGGGGGGUACUUUUGUUCAAUUAAUAUUUACAUCUAAUACACUGAAUCUUCCUUUAGAGGUAAGACUUUAAUAUCUACACUGUAAAUAUUUGGUUUGUUUGGCACUACUGUAAGUUCUGCUUUUAAACAAAACUCUUUGUUCAUUAUAAAUCAAGAUUAAAAACUAGCUUCUUGUAUGAUUUUUUUACUUAGAUACUCCUUAAACUACCCCAAAUUAAAGUGCAAUACUGUAUAUUUCUAAGGACAAAUAUAAAAUAGAAUUUUGAUGUUUCUUGGAUCAUCAGAAAUACAGAUUCAUAUAGUAUAAUAAAAUUAGCAAAAAGAUUAAUGAUCAUCAAAUGCCUGUUAUUUGAAAUUAAAAUUGAUAGUGGUUACAGUAAUCAUUACAAAGUAAAUUACAUAUUUAAGGGGGAAAAGUGUAAAAUUUUAACAAACUAUUUGCUCUCCCAUCCGAGUACUAACUAGGCCCAACCCUGAUUAGCCUCUGAGAUUAGACGAGAUCGGGCAUGUUCAGCUUGGUGUGGCUGUAGACUAACAAACUAUUUGGACAAAUUACUAGAUUAUUAUAAGGCUAAUAGGUGUUUUAUCUUGGGACAAAAUUUCUUCAAAGUAUCAAAUUUAUCUUUUCUCUCAUAGCAUUAAUAUUUCAGUAAAGUAUAUGCUCCUUGAAUAGUUGAACUAAUUCACGGUAUUUACCAAAAUAAAGGUCUAAAUGAAGAUUUCCAUGACUAAUAUCUGCAGUUUGGAAGUUAGCUCUGUUUUUGAAAUGGGAUUUCUUGCCACUUCAAGAAAAGUUUUUACUUAUACUGGUUUUUACAGAUUAUCCCACUUCCAAUAUGAAUAUAACAGUCUGGUGAGGAUCCUUUUUCAUAGAUAGAGCCUUCUUACUGUGUCCUUGUGGGGUUGGAAGAGGCUGAUUUUCUGGGUUCUCUUAAAGGCACUAAACCAAUCACCUCCCAAAGCUCUACCUUUCAACAUUAUUAAGGAUUAGAUUGCAACAUGAAUACAGUGAAGAUGCAAACAUUCAGAACAUAGCAGUAUGAAACACACAAGUGAGUUUCAGAUGACUUAAGUAUCUUGAUAAGCCAGUUUUUGUAUAAAUGAGAUUAACAGGGACAGAGUAAAGAGUAUUACAUAGCUUUUAUUAAGUGUAAAAGGAUUCUUGUAUAUAAAAAUAUUGGAGUUCUUUACUAAAAUAAUAUGAAUGGAAAUUGCUUUUAAUUUCCCUGAUAGCAUUCCAUUUGGAGAUUAUUUAUGUAGCACUUUUGGUUUCUUGUGAAUGCUAUGUAAUUAUCCAUUUGAACCCAUUGAACAGUCGUCACUAACCAAAAAGACCACUACACAAGAAUAUUUCUCAGUUCACUACUUCUUUGUAUUCCCAUUUGUAUGAAGGUAAUGAAAUCAGAAUAAUUGUUGAGCUUUCUUAAAAUGUUUUUGUUUUGUUUUGUGUUUUGUACUGGGAAUCUAACUCGGGUCCUUGCGCUUGCAAGGCAGA